CAUUGGCCACGCAAAACGAAAUCGCGCAUUGCAACCGUGGAUAUGGGAGGGGUUAAAGGCGUGUAGAGAUUAUGGAACAGUUCAAGGAAUGUCACUGGAAACGGGGGCGAGACGAGACGCACCUGGGGAAUUUGCAGGAACAGAGCUGCACUGUCUAUGAAGGGUAUUCAACACUGGAAUAUGCGUUCUUGAAUAUUUGGGGAAAUGUAUACCACCGAACGCAGGCGUAUGAGCCUGCACGAGGUUAAGAGAAAGGAUCCUGUUUGGGUAUCAGCUGGAAGUUUAUGGCAGGACCCUUUGGCUAUUGAACUCAGCACCUCGAAUAAACACAUUAUUUCCCCCCGGAGCCGGACUAGGGCUGUUGCUGUUGCAUACAUUGUCACUGAGGAUGCAUCCCUGCCACAGACGGAAGAGAAUUUGUCACUGAAGUCCGUGAAAGAAGCCUGCGCGGAUACGCACGCGGUGUUCAAAACCAUUCCUUUCGAGAGAAUAUCGCUUGGGACGACUGACAUUCUUGAUAUAUUCUACAAUGCAGAUGUGGCAGUGGUGGAAAUGAGUGAUACUUACUGCCAGCAGUCCCUCUUCUAUCACCUGGGCGUAAGAGAGAGCUUCAGCAUGACCAAUAACAUCAUCCUGUAUUGUUACAAGCAGGACAGCGACCUGCAAGCACUCAAGGAGCAGUGUGGGAGCUACACGUUCAUCCCGUAUGUGGUGUUGCCACAGGGCAAGGUGUUUGCCUGCGACGCAACCCUCUUAAACGGCAUCAAAGAACUGAUGCAGCCAAGCUUCCAACUGGAAGCCCUCCUCACCCCACUGGUAGAGAGGCUCAUUCAACUGCUGGAUAAUGUGCACGUUCAUGCCAGUGAGUACUUCCGGGAGUCCAUCCGGCAUGAGAUCCGCACAGCCCGGGAACGCUUCAGUGGCCAGGAUUUGAGUCAGGAGCUGGGCCGCAUCCAGAAGCGCCUUGACACGGUGGAGCUGCUCAGCCCAGACAUCAUCAUGAACCUACUGCUGUCGUACCGGGAUGUCCAGGACUACGAUGCCAUUAUCAAACUGGUAGAGACUCUGAACAACUUGCCCAUGUGCUUGGUGGCUGCCCAGCAGAAUAUCAAAUUUCACUACAUAUUUGCUUUAAACAGGAGGAAUCGUCCAGGUGACCGUGCCAAGGCCCUGGAGKUGAUUCUGCCCAUUGUGGAGUCAGGUGGCAGGGUGGCGUCGGACGUGCACUGCCUCUGCGGCCGUAUCUACAAAGACAUGUUCAUGAGCUCUGGCUUUAAAGACCAUCGCAGUCGAGACCAGGCCUGCUACUGGUACGGCAAAGCCUUCAAGACAGAGCCAACCCUUCACUCCGGCAUCAACAACGUUGUCCUCUUGAUGGCUGCCGGCCACGAAUUUGACACCUCCAUCGAGCUGCGGAAAAUAGGCGUGACCCUGAGCAGCCUCCUGGGGAGGAAGGGCAGCUUGGAGAAGAUGCAGGACUACUGGGACGUAGGCUUCUACCUGGGAGCCAGCAUCCUGGCUAACGAACACAGGAAGGUCAUCGAGGCUUCAGAGAAACUCUACCGGCUCAAUGCACCCAUGUGGUAUGUGGGCUCGGUCAUGGAGACGUUCAUCUUGUAUCGUCAGUUCACCAAGCCCCCGGAGGUGAAACCGUCUAAACAGGAGACUGUGGACUUCUGGAUGGAGCUGAUGCUGCAAGCCUGCAAGCCCACUGUUUCCACUGACCGCUGCCCAGUUCUGAUCCUGGAGCAGACCAAAGUGCUCCAGCCCACCAUAGUGUGUGUGAGUGAGGAGGACGACAGCUGCACGGUUCGGCUCAACCACAUCACACCCCUGAAGAAAGGCCAGAAAGCCCAGUGGACUUUCCCAGCCUCGCAAAUCCGGGGAGUGAGUGUUUCCAAGUUUGACGAGCGUAGCUGCUUCCUGUAUGUCCUGGAGAACUCGGAUGACUUCCAACUCUGCUUUCCCAGCGAGCUGCACUGUAAAGGGUUCUGUGAGCUGGUCAACUCUCUCCUAAGCCAGGCAGAAGCCCCAGUGGAGUACCCCAGCGAGCUCACUGGAAGAUUACUGGAGUUUAUCUAUGAGACCAGCGAAAACGGAGACAAGGUGGUUCUGGGUAAAGGAACCUAUGGUGUGGUGUAUGCUGGGAGGGACCUGAGCAACCAAGUCCGCAUCGCCAUCAAGGAGAUCCCAGAGAAAGACAGAACUUACUCCCAGCCUCUGCAUGAGGAGAUAGCGCUGCACAAGAGGCUGAAGCACAGGAACAUCGUUCAGUACCUGGGCUCUAUGAGUCAGGACGGCUUCAUCAAGAUCUUUAUGGAGGAGGUUCCUGGAGGAAGCUUGUCCUCUCUCCUGCGUUCCAAAUGGGGACCCCUGAAAGACAACGAGGCCACCGUCAUUUUCUACACCAAGCAGAUCCUUGAAGGGCUUAAGUAUCUCCAUGACCACCAGAUAGUCCACAGAGACAUCAAGGGUGACAACGUGUUGAUUAACACCUACAGUGGUGUUCUCAAGAUCUCUGACUUUGGCACCUCGAAACGACUGGCGGGAAUCAACCCCUGCACAGAGACCUUUACAGGGACCCUGCAGUACAUGGCUCCAGAGAUCAUCGACCAGGGCCCGCGGGGUUAUGGGAAGCCUGCAGACAUCUGGUCCUUGGGCUGUACCAUCAUAGAGAUGGCCACGGGGAAACCACCCUUCCACGAGCUGGGCAGCCCACAGGCAGCCAUGUUCAAGGUUGGGAUGUUCAAGAUCCACCCGGAGGUGCCGGAGUGUAUGUCAGCUGAGGCCAAAGGCUGCAUCAUGAGCUGCUUCACACCGGACCCAGACAACAGGGCCACGGCCUCUGAGCUGCUCAAGGAUUCCUUCCUCAAGUCCACCUCUCGGAGGAAGGCCAAGCCAGAGCCUGACACACUGCCUACGGAUGCUGGUGACAUCUACCAGCGGAGUAUGUCUGUCCCAGUGUCUAUACGUGUGACAGAUACAGACAGGGACACUGACAGGAUGGACCUGUCGUGCUCCUGGGACCUCCGGAGGACCAUCUCCCCCCUCAGAGGAAAGGACAUUACAAAGAGCCCACCCAGCACCAGAGGCUUCCUGCUGGUGUCAGAGGAGCCCUGUACUGUGGACAUGAUGGCUAGUCCAGCCACGUCAGGGGAGAACCUGGGCCUGUUCCUACUGAGGAAGGACAGCGAGAGGAGGGCCACACUGCACAGGAUCCUCACUGAGUACAUCACCGACGUGGUGCACAACAUCCAGAACACACUACCUCAGCAAACAGACGUUGGGUCCGUGACCUCAGAGCACAUCUCUGAGCUGAUUGGCUGCCUGCGGGAGAACAUCCGCUCUCCAGACAGAAGGCACCUGACCAACAGCCUGGUGAACUUGCGCUCCACACUGCUUGCUACUGCAGUACCCGUCAAAAACCUGCGAGCUGUGCUCUUCAGCUUCCAGGAUGCGGUGAAAAAGGUGUUGAGGCAGCAGCAGGUGAAACCUCACUGGAUGUUUGCUCUGGAUAACCUACUGAGGCAGGCCGUACAGGACGCCAUCACUGUGCUGUUACCAGAGCUCAAGCUCCAGCUGCAGUCUUCCUUUGAGACGGAGGAGAGUAGCCCAGAAAGAGAGCAGCAGCCCAGUGAGCUAGCAGAGCUUUUGCCUGCAGUCUUCUCAGAUGACCAGGUGGUGGCGCCAGCUGACACAAAGACCAUAGAGGAGGUUUCAGAAAGCCCCUGCUUACCCAAUGGCCACCGGUACAACACUAACUGUCCCCUCAGUCAGGAACUGAGAGAUCUACGGCUAGAGACGCGCAGACUGCUGAGCCAACUGAGUGAGAAAGAGAGGGAAUACCAGGAGCUACUGAGGAACUCUGUCCAGAGUAGACAGGAUCAGAUCAACACUACCAGGAACCCAUCAGAACCCACAGAUACAGAGUUGUCCCUGCAGAUGAGUUCGAACCCAGAAGUCAAGUCCUUGGUUUGCUGGCUGAAGGCUAUCCCAGUAGAUCAGGACACCAUAGGCAAGUUACUCUCUCACGAGUUCACCUUGGACUGUCUCCUCACCAUGGCCUGCAGGGAUGACUUGAUGUACUGUGCCAUAAGAGGAGGGAUGCUGUGUCGUAUCUGGGCGGCCAUCACGACACGGAGGAAGUCACAGCUCAAAUCUCAGCUCAGCACACACUCUGAAGAGAGCGAGAACACAUUCUCGGAUGGGUAGUCACAUGUUCCAUGAAUAGGCUGGUCCUAUAAGCACAACAUGGUACAGAUUUACUGAGUCUGUGAAUUUAUCUCAUAGUUAAGAUGCAGGAAUGACUGUGUGUGUGUGUGCGCAUGUGCGGUUUUCUGAGAACAAGAUAAUCAUGUCAUUAAAAGUGGACCUACCUUAGUAUUUCCCCAAAGUUGUUAUAUUGAAACUGAAAUGGUUACAGAAAGAUGGAUGAACAGUAAAGGAUAUGUUUUUCUGUCAUUUCUUAUUGUGAAUACCGAUACUUAUAAAAACGGCUUUGAGAAAUCUGCAAUCUGCAAUCUGAUUGGCUGAAAUGGCGUUCUAAACCAUUGACAAUUCUCUGAUAUUUGAAAUGCAUAUGCAGGGGAAAGGGGAAUAUUUAGGGCCAACAGCUGUCAUAUUUUUACCUCAACAGACACUCCAUGGAUACUUUAUAUUCUUUUGUUAGUUUGGUGUGUAGUAUAAAACAAAAUAACUACUUUCUAUUGUACCUCUUUAAUGUACACCAUUUCUGAGAUCUUAGAAGGGCCUAAAGCUUGAAGAAAAGGUAUGUUAUUGAUGGUAAAUAUACACUUUUCCGAGAAUGUGCACUGGUGACUGGUCAUUAAAAUAAGCGGGAAUAGUGGUGUGCAUACUGGUGGUGUCUGUCAGAUGUGUAUAUGGGUCUUUUGAUAAAGAAAGGGGCCAAUGUUCAUGUUCAAAAUGUCAUAUGUUUAAAUAUGAUUUUCUUUCAGUUUCACAUGGGUAGUUACAGGAAUAAAAGUCUAGGUAGGCAUAAUGACACCAAGCAACAAUAAAACAUCUACAUGUCAUUCAAAAUGUCACAUGAAACAUGGACACUGCAUGUUUCUUUGUCAUGCCUAGUAGCCAGGUCUGUUUGUGCUUGUCAACUUCUCUAGAAUUUAUAGCCAUGCUAAACAUUUCUGAAGAAUGGAAAAGAUAAACCGCUUCUAUGUUUUAAUAGUUUAUAAAAUACAAUGGGUCCUGUCAAGAAAAUUGAUGAUCAAUAAUUAAAUCUAUAUAAUCAGUAACCUUAUCAAGCAUUUUGUGUGGCUGAGUCUGAAAACCAGCCAUCAAAUGCUUGCUUCCUCUGUCCUUGUUUCCUUCACCCCUUGCCUCUCUUUGAAAGUGCAUUGGGGCCCGAGGGGAGGAUCCUUCACUCCUCUCCCACAAUGUGCUUUGAAAGGGAGGUGAGGAAAAGAGGGGAGAAUCUCAAUUGCAUCCUCACGUCCUCUCGCCACCUCAAAAUCCAUUGGAUUAAAGAGGGGAGUGAAGGCGAUGAGGAUGCGACAAAUCAAGGAAAUGCAAUUGAGAUUCUCCCAAGGACAGAGGAAGCAAGUAUUUGACAGAUUUAGACAGUGACAGAGUAAGUGACUGAGCUACCAUAAUACCAAUGUGUGGUGACAUGGUGAGAGAUCCACCUUACUUGGUUGAAUUUUUCCCAUAUUGCUUACACCUGUCUAAUCCUCUCAGAUUUACAUUUGUACAUUUUUAGUCAUAAAGCAGACGCACUUACCCAGAGACAACUUACAGGAGCAAUGAGGGUUAAGUGCCUUGCUCAAAGGCACAUCAACAGAUUUUCACUCAGGGAUUCAAACCAGCAACCUUUCGGUUACUGGCCCAAACGUUCUUAAGUACUAUUUUCUAUUCUGAACUAAUUUCUCUGGAUGUUUUUAAUCAUGUACCCUCAUGUGCUACGUGCAAUAGCAAUAGGGUAAAACACUCUCAUAAAGACAAGAAAGGAGAGGAAAUAAACAUUUAUCUAAAUAAAAAACAGACAAUACUGA